UUGUGGAAUUUCGCUCUCUUUGGGGUAUGUGCAGUUCAAGUUGUGCAUGUCGCCUACCGGCUGAGGAACGUUACUUUCGAAAAGGAGUUUCAAGAUCUGUACAGCUACCUGUUCAAAAAGCUGGGGGUGUCGCUCACCCACUUCGGCAAGAUAGUCGCCUGUUGUGAAGGGGACAUCCACACUAUAGAGAAAGACCACUGUUUUGCCAUGGAGGGCAAGACUGCUAUUGAUAAGCUGUCUGUUCUUCUGUCCGGCAGAAUUCGUGUGACAGUAAAUGGAGAGUUUUUACAUUACAUCUAUCCUUUCCAGUUUCUCGAUUCACCUGAAUGGGACUCUCUCCGGCCGUCAGAGGAGGGACUUUUCCAGGUGACCCUGCGUGCAGAUAAUUGCUGUAGGUACGUUUCUUGGAGACGUAAGAAACUGUACCUACUCUUUGCCAAACACCGCUACAUCGCCAAGGUCUUUGCGCUCGUGGUGCGGAAUGACAUCGCGGACAAGCUGUACUCCCUCAACGACAAGGCUUUCGACAGCCGCGGGUUCCGAUAUGAUCUCCGGUUACCCACCUACUGUCACGUGCCCCCGUUGCCUGAAUUAGACCGGACAGAUGCGUUCCUACGAGUCCCAGCGCAAUAUGACCAUGGACACCGUGCCCGUGUCCCUAUAACUAUAACAGCACCGAAAGAGACUGUCUCGUGACUGGAACGGAACUUUUUAAUGUUUGUUUUUCAUUAAUGGAUGUUGUUUUUGUCUGUUUGUUAUCCUCAAGUGCUUAGGCUAUAGAUGGGGCAUAAGCUAUGUAAUUUACGCAUCAACAUAGAAUACAUUGUAGCACAUCAAGUAACCCUCCACUUGGUUUGCGAGACAUGUGUGUGGGAGUGUGAGAGAGAWUUUCUCUGCAUCAAAAUACCAGUGAAAUGUUACCCCUGAUUCCUGCUUAUGUUUUAUAGUGCACUUUACUACCUGCCUGUCUUAAAUUGAGACUGUAUGUUCAAUGCCUUACUGAGUUUUUUUGGUCAAUAUUUGUGUUUAAUCAUAAAAAAUUAUUAACAAUGCAAUGUAACCCUA